AUGGGUCUGGCUACCAUCCCUACUAUCAUGUAUGGGUCCAUCGCCGACGACAUCCUCAACAUCGUCCUCGAGCAGGACCAAACAACUCACGAUCUCUACGUCAUGGCUGAGGCUCUCUUCUGCAGCAAUGAGGAGAGUCAUGCCAUCAUUCUAUUGAAUGAGUUCCACAGCCUCCAACAAGGCAACCUCUCCAUCACCACCUAUUGCAAGGAGCAGAAGCAUCUCACCAAUGCUCUCUACGACAUUUACUCUCUCAUCACCAAUCACACCCUCAUCCUCAAUGUCCUCUAUGGCCUAAGAAAAACCAUGUUCGGUGCCCCCACGAUGAUCGACAUGUAA